UUAUGCCUUUGCUCUUCUGGUGAGGAGUUGCUGUCAGAGGGAGAAAAAAAUGGCCAUUACAGUAGGCACAGGCUUUCUUGUUCAGCCCUCAUCUUCUCUAUCUUUGCUUGGAAGGAAAUCAUGUAGACCCACAUUGGAUGUAGCUUACAGGUUCUUGCCUGCUAGACCUGGACCUAGCCGCUUCAGUCAUGGGACUGUGGUUCAGGCCCAACAACGGCCAACAUGGCUUCCUGGACUUGAUCCUCCACCUUACCUUAAUGGAACUUUGGCUGGAGAUUUUGGGUUCGACCCACUUGGACUGGGAGAGGACCCAGAAAAUUUGAGAUGGUAUGUGCAGGCAGAACUGGUUCAUGCUCGCUUUGCCAUGGCUGGAGUUGCUGGAAUUCUUGUGACAGAUUUACUCCGAGUCACAGGAAUCAGCAAUUUACCAGUCUGGUAUGAGGCGGGCGCUGUUAAAUUUGAGUUUGCAAGCACGGAAGCUUUGUUCAUAGUCCAACUAAUUCUGAUGGGAUUUGUUGAAACCAAAAGGUAUAUGGAUUUCACUAAUCCUGGAUCUCAGGCAAAGGAAGGAUCUUUCUUUGGAUUGGAAGCAGCACUAGAAGGCUUAGAACCCGGAUACCCCGGUGGUCCUCUGCUAAAUCCUCUUGGCCUGGCUAGGGAUAUCAAAAACGCGCAUGACUGGAAGCUCAAGGAGAUCAAGAAUGGACGGCUGGCAAUGGUAGCCAUGCUGGGAGUUUUUGUGCAAGCUUCUGUAACUCAUGCAGGCCCAAUUGAGAACCUGGUGGAGCACCUCUCCAAUCCAUGGCACAAGACUAUUAUUCAGACAAUUUCCUCGACUUCUUAAAAUAUCAAUCGAGUUGGCUCUCUAUUAUUAAGCUUUACAAAUUCAAAUGUAAAUCUCUUCAUUACCUUGUUCUAUCAAUUUUUCUUUU